CUUAAUCGACAGUCAGUGCCGUGAAAAAUCACAAACAACAUCUUUUCGUGUAACAAAUUACAGUUCGAUUAAAAAGUAAUAAAUAAAAAAAGAAAAAAUUUGACGUUCGAAUGUCAUUCGAAUAUAGCGCGAAAAUUACGGUGACAAAGAUGGCGGAAAACGGUGACGUGUAUAAAAAAAGUUUUAACGGCACAUGUACUUUGGGUGUGAACAAGCGGACGACCGGUUCCAUUGCUAAAAAAGCUGAAGCAUACUUGAACGCAGUCAAAGAAAGCUUAGGAACAGCACCAGUGGCAAAGGUUCAGCAAAGACCGAGUAUACCGAAGCUGGAGGUGGUGCAGCGGGUGGCGGCCAUACCCAUCGUGGGCUCCGGCAUCGAAGUCACCGAGAAAGUCUACUACAAGAUUAGGGAGUCAAACCCGCUGAUCCGUUGGUAUCUGUCGCUGGGCGAGAAGUCUUUGGCGACGGGCGUGCAGCUGGCACUACCAGCAGUGUUGCUAUUCGAGACUCCCAUCCAUCAGCUCGACAAGUUCCUCUGCAAGUCGCUAGAUGUCGUUGAGAAGACCGUGCCGUCCAUCAAUCUACCACCGCAAGCAAUGUACUCCGAGACCCGUAGGUUCGUGGUUCGUCGAGCGGACUCGGUGAAGCAGCUGGGCACUGCCGUGCUGGACUCGCGGGUGACCGCCGUCACCGCCACGGCGCUGGACCGCGCGCUCACCACCGCCGACAAGUACGUCGACAAGUACCUGCCUCCCGACCAACAGGACGCUUCGGAUGUGGUGAUCAUAGUGACGAGCGCGGACGAGGUGGACGGCGGCGACAGCGGGCGCGCCCGCGCAGCGCAGGCGGUGCAACAUGGCGCGCGGCUCGGCAGGAAGCUGCAGCGACGGCUCACCAGGCAGGCACUCGCCGAGGCUAAAGCCAUUAAGGAACAGAUCCAUGUCCUCGUUUAUGUUGCUGAGUUGAUAGCCACAGAUCCGGUUUUGGCCUGGCAGAAGGCUAAGGAGCUUUUCGCCGAGCUGAGUCAACCGGAGCCGGAGAACCAGGCCCGACCUGCUACACUGGAGGAACUGGUGGUCCUGCUGACCAGGGAGACUGCCAGGAAGAUGGUGCAUCUCAUCCACUACACACACACUGACCUACCCAAGAACGUCCGUCAAGGCAUGACACUGAUUACGAAAACUUUGAACACCGCUACCGAUGCUCUGAUGAAGACGAUGCCCGUGGAGACGGCGCUGUCUGAAGUGAAGGAAUGGCGCAGCAAGCUGGAGACCCUCCUGCAACACCUGCAGAGUGCUUCUAAAACCUACCUGGAACACUUGGCGAUCUUCCUUGCUGGCAAUGAAGAACGCGAGAAAAUCGCGCCGCGGUCAACGUACGAACAACGAGAUGCCUUAGCAGCCCUCAAUGGCCUCAACUGAUUCACUAUUUCAUUAUUUUAAAUUAGUUAUUAAUACCCAGUGCUGGAUUCAACGUGUACGGGGCCCGUAGUAAAGUAGUAGGGCCCUCGUUCUGAUGUCAAUUAUACAAAAACAAUGUUUUACUUAUAUAGGGCCCACUUUGCUACGGGGCCUGUAGUAUUUGAUACCCUUAUCUAGUUAUAUUUCCUUAAAUCUUCAGAUUAAACAUGUGCAGGGCCCAUAGCGAAGUAGAGGGGCUCUCGAUUCACUUCUUUUAUAUAACAAAUUACGCUAAAGUCCUCUUUUGCGUGGGCCCUGCAGCAUUUGCUACUCUUUUUAUUGGUUUACUUGCUUUCGGCACUGGUAAUGUCUUUUUUGCCUAUAUAAAACCUUAUUGUACCAUAUUUAAUACUCUCUAGAUUAGCCAUAUUCAUCAAAUAAAUCGUAAAGUUUAGGUUUAGUUCAUUAAUCUUAUGUCAUUUUUGCGUUAAGUUGGGACUUAUUUUCGACUGAGAACUAGGUAUGUACCUAAUUUUAAUUAUCCUUUUAAAUCCAUCCUCGAUUUGACUAAUAAUACGACAUAAUCAUCUCUAACAAAUCGAAUAUUAAGUAUAAUAAUAUUUUAUGAAAUUGAUACCAUUGAUUAUAUUAAUUUUAAGCUUAAUUUACUGAUCAAAAUAAAUUAAUUUUAAAAUAAUUGUAAGUCAUUUCAUGGGGCUCAUGAAAAUGUAAAAUAAAUGUUAAAUUAAAUUUAUAUUUCUACAGU